CGCCCCCCGCGUGUCCCCCGCAAGCCCUGCACGCCCCGCGCGGCACCACACGCCGUGCCUGCCCGCCCAGGCCCUAUGGAGGCGCCGCUCGCCGGCGAGGCCGCCGCCGAUCAUGCCUAGAAGGGCCGGCAGCGGGCAGCUGCCGCUACCCCGGGGCUGGGAGGAGGCCAGGGACUACGACGGCAAAGUCUUCUACAUCGACCACAACACCCGCAGGACCAGCUGGAUCGACCCCCGGGACAGGUUGACGAAGCCACUGUCGUUUGCUGACUGUGUUGGGGAUGAGCUGCCGUGGGGAUGGGAAGCUGGGUUCGACCCUCAGAUCGGGGUCUACUAUAUUGAUCACGUCAAUAAAACCACGCAGAUAGAAGAUCCAAGGAAGCAAUGGCGCGGCGAGCAGGAGAAGAUGCUCAAGGACUACCUGUCGGUGGCCCGGGACGCCCUGCGCACGCAGAAGGAGCUGUACCACGUGAAGGAGCAGAGGCUGGCUCUGGCCCUGGAUGAAUAUGUGCGGCUCAAUGACGCCUACAAGGAGAAAUCGAGCUCACGCACCAGCUUAUUCUCAGGCUCUUCCUCCAGUACAAAAUAUGAUCCUGAUAUUUUAAAAGCUGAGAUCUCCACGACAAGACUAAGGGUGAAAAAGCUGAAACGGGAACUCUGCCAGAUGAAACAAGAACUGCUGUAUAAAGAGCAAGGCUUCGAGACAUUGCAGCAAAUCGACAAAAAAAUGUCUGGGGGUCAGAGCGGCUAUGAGCUCAGUGAGGCGAAGGCCAUUCUCACAGAGCUCAAGUCCAUCCGGAAGGCCAUCAGCUCGGGGGAGAAAGAAAAGCAAGACCUGAUGCAGAGCCUUGCGAAGCUGCAGGAACGGUUCCAUUCAGACCAGAGCAUCGGCCAGUCGGAGCCAGACUUGCGGUCGAGCCCCGUGAACUCCCACCUAUCCUUGUCCAGGCAGACCCUCGAUGCUGGAUCACAGACAUGCAUUUCUGGAGACAUUGGAAUGAGAAGUAGAUCAAAUUUAGCCGAAAAGGUCCGACUGAGCCUCCAGUAUGAGGAAGCCAAGAGGAGCAUGGCCAACCUGAAGAUCGAGCUAUCAAAGCUGGACAGCGAGGCCUGGCCGGGUGCGCUGGACAUUGAGAAGGAGAAGCUGAUGCUGAUUCACGAGAAGGAGGAGCUGCUGAAGGAGCUGCAGUUUGUCACCCCGCAGACUCGCUCUCAGGAUGAGCUGGACCAGCUGGAGGCCGAGCGGCAGCGGCUGGAGCAGGAGCUGCUGGCAGCCAGGGGUGUCCCGAGCCGAGCCUUGGCGGAGCGAUUAAAAUUGGAAGAGCGAAGAAAAGAGCUACUACAGAAACUUGAAGAAACAACUAAAUUAUCUACUUACUUGCAUUCGCAGCUUAAAAGCCUGUCAGCCAGCACCCUGUCAGUGUCUUCGGGCAGCAGCCUGGGCUCCUUGGCCUCCAGCCGUGGCUCGCUCAACACCUCCAGCCGAGGCUCACUCAACUCGCUGAGCUCGGGCGAGCUGUACUACGGUGGCCAAGGCGAGCCACCCGACGGCGACGGCCAGUACAAGCUGGACUUCCUUCUACCCGACAAAGGAGGCUACACGCCCGCAGGGCCCAUCACCACCAUCCUGGAGCAUGAAGUGGCCAGAUCCCCCGGGCAGCGUGGCCCCGGCGGGGCAGCCACCGCAGCCCCUGGCCCCCCACCCCCGCUGGCCGAGGCGCCCAAGUCAGUGACAUCACUGUCCUCCCGCUCCUCCCUGUCAUCCCUGUCCCCGCCUGGUUCGCCCUUGGUUCUGGACGGUGCUUUCCCGCUGGCUUCCCCUGACACCACCCUGCUCCCGUUCCCCGCCAACUUUGAGCACUGUGAGCUGAGCAGCCGCCUUGCUGACAUCGGCUUGGCCCACGGGCAGCUGCUGCUGGAGCCUGAUGUCAUGGCAGGGGGGAUGCCUCAGCCACUGCUGGAGAAAGACCUGGACAGUGGUGCUCGGGAUGCUUCAGAUGCAGAGAAAUUGCUCCCCCGGAGGAGGCCGGCCCACGUGCCUGGGGAGAAAGUCGCCUGCGUGUCUGCGGCCGUGUCCGACGAGUCCGUAGCUGGGGACAGCGGCGUCUACGAGGCUUUCGUGAAACCACCUAGCGAAGUGGAAGAUGUUCCCUAUGGCGAGGAAGACACAGGCACCACGGAGACGGCCCAGGUGCAGAUCGGACUCAGAUAUGACGCCAAGAGGACAAGCUUCAUGGUGAUCAUUGCGCAGCUCCGGGGCCUCCACGCCUUCCUGGUGCCCCCCACUUCCAAAGUCUACUUCCGUGUGGCUCUCCUGCCCUCCUCAGCCGAUGUGAGCUGCUUGUUCCGGACCAAGCUGCACCCAGCCGCUGAGUGCACCGUCUUCCACGAUGUGUUCCGAGUGGCCAUUUCGCAGGCCGCCCUACAGCAGAAGACGCUGAGGGUGGAUCUGUGCGCCGCAGGCCGCCACCGCAGGGAGGACUGUCUGGCCGGUACCCAGAUCAGCCUGGCUGACCUGCCAUUUUCCAACGAGCUCUUCACACUGUGGUAUAAUUUGCUGCCUUCAGAGUCAAAGCAAAUGCCCUGGAAGAGGACCGAGACAGAGAACAUGGAUUCUGUCUUUCACACCGACCAGCCGCUAGCAGUAGAGGCCAUUGAUUUGGACGCGGUGUCAGCUUUGCUGGCUCGGACAUCAGCAGAGCUGUUGGCUGUGGAACAAGAAUUAGCACAAGAGGAAGAGGAGGAGGAAGAGGAGCCCAGGGCGACUGAAGGCCACUGGUUGGCGAUGCUGCGGGAGGCCUCUGAGGAGCUGGGAGUCAAGGAAGAGCCCCCUGGGAAAUUGCCCGACGGUGGUGGCUGCCCUGGGGCCACCAGUUCCUGUGCCCAGACCCCCCAGAUGAGCUCGGAUGCCCCUGGGAGACACGGAAGCAGCUGCGGCAGAGAGCUGGGCACCCCAACCCUGGUUGAUAAAGAGACCAACACGGAGGAGGAGGCUGGGAGUGCCCCUGGCCUAGCGGUGCGCCCCAAGGACCGUGGCGGCGUAAGCUCUCGACAGCGCCCCAUGAUGAGGAGCAGCGUGAUUGUCCGCUCGCAGACCUUCUCGCCUGGGGAGCGGAACCAGUACAUCUGCCGGUUGAAUCGGAGCGACAGCGACAGCUCCACCCUGGCCAAAAAGUCCCUGUUUGUGCGGAACUCCACGGAGCGGCGCAGCCUGAGAGUUAAAAGGGCCGUGUGCCAGCCCGUCCUGAGAAGAGCCGCCCAGGAGCGGCCAGUACGGACCUCACUGGACCUGGAGCUGGACCUCCAGGCAUCCCUCACACGGCAGAGUCGACUCAAUGACGAGCUGCAGGCCCUGCGUGGCCUGAGGCAGAAGCUGGAGGAGCUGAAGGCCCAGGGCCAGACCGACCUCCCACCCGGGGUGCUGGAUGAUGAGAGAUUCCAGAAGCUUCUGAAGCAGGCUGAGAAGCAGGCUGAGCAGUCAGAAGAGGAGCAGCAGCAGGGCCUGAGUGCAGAGAAGCUGAUGCGCCGAGUCUCCAAGGACGUGAGGCGGCUCCGGGAGCAGAGCCAGAACGUGCCGCGGGAGGUGCAGUCCUUCAGGGAGAAGAUCGCCUACUUCACCCGAGCCAAGAUCAACAUCCCCGCCCUGCCGGCCGACGACGUGUGAGCCUGCCCGGCCCGGGCUCGGGGACUUCUGGAGUCUCUCCAGGGCUUCCACCCCCCACCCAGAGAGCUUUUCUCUCCCGUCCCAUCCCGUCGUCAACACGUUCAUUUGUGAAAGUGACUCGAAUGUAAUUCCCAUGUGCUUGGAAGAGAGGAGAACUUGGAAACCCGCCCUGCCUGGGCCAUCUCCAGGUCCCCUGAGUGAGGGUGGGAGGCAGUUCAUUUACACAGCAGCCUCUUCAGAGCAUCUGUCCAGGCUGCCCUGAGUCCCCCACAUGUUCUGUUUGUCUUUUUCACUAGUCAAGAGGACAGAGCUCAGACUCGGGGCACAGGAAGGAAUCUGGACCAGGCCAGGAGCCGCCCCAAGGGUUGAUUUGGCAACCAUCGGGGGGGGGGGGCCCCCUGAGAGGCCCAGAGUUGGCUGCUCUCCCCCUUCCAGAGACGCCAAAAUCCACUCUUCCGGGUGGCUGGAUAGUGCCCAGGCGUCCCCAGGCAAAGUUGUGCUCUGAGUUGGGCUGGGUGGCUUGAGGAGGCACUCAGAAAUCGGAGUUCUCAGAUCAGACAGAACUGGAGAGGAGGUCUGCUGGGGGGCAGACACCAGCAGCCUCAGGAAGGAACCAGGCAGACCCAAAAGGCCAUGAGGGUGGGUGCAAGCUGCCUCCAGGGUGAUCAGGGAGGAGAAAGUUUAUCCCACAGCGUCCCCUGUUUGCACAAACACCCCCACACACCCCUGUCUAAGGAGGAGCUGGGGAGCACAGAGGAGCAGCAUUGAGGACAGUUAUGGGCGCAAAGCACAGACUAAGUCAUUUGUCAAAGAAAUUCUAGAGAGGCCAGGAACAGGCUUCCAGAUGGGGUCAGGCUAUAGCCUCCCUGUUGAACCACCAUUGUCCCAUUCCAGCUCUUCCGGGCAGAGCAAUCAGGAAAAGGGCCUUCUUUCUUAGGGGUUUAUUUGGAGGGCACGCCCACCAGUGCUCCAAGCUUCUUACUCCCGGCUCUGCACGCUGGGCUCAUUCCCAGCAGUUCUGGGGACCCCCAUCUGUGAUGGUGGACUUUGAAGGCGGGUCAGCAGCAUGCAGGAUGAAAACAUGCUCCCUGCUGUCCCCUUUUUCCAGCCCUUGGAGCAAAAGACCUUUCAGAUCCAACAUUUUUCACGCAACUUAAACCAUACCAGAGUGCCAGACUGUUCCACUGAAAGAUGUUAGGCCAGCGCAGAGCGCAAACAAUACAAGUUGGG